UAUCAUUCCUUAUUGGCUCUCCUCUUUUCUUUCUCAAUUUCGGUUACCAUCUUUAUUCUCUACUCCAUUUAUAACCCUUUCUACAUUUUUCUCUUUUCAUACAUUGCUUCCAUCUAUAUCAUCAGCCACAUGUAUCCAUGUCAGCCCCUGCAUUUUUUAGUCCAAGACAUGGCAAUUGCUUGUUUAAUUGUUUUUCCAGGAUUUGAAUAAUUUACCAUGUACAUCCUGACAGAGGGCUCCACCAUGUGACCAAAACGUCAUCACUGAUGUUGGGACAUUGGAAAAAAGGGAACCGUGGGCCAAUGUUUCUACUUUCCUUGGAUGUAUUUUCAAACAACUUGCACACCAGAAUUAGACUUUAGCGUCCCGAUUCUUUGCAUUGUGUCUACUUUUUUAAAGGGAAAUAGUAACCCGGAGAGAAAUAAGAAUGUAGGGUUCGCAAACCUACAAGGGGUCUAUUUGAUACAUACGGUGAAAUAUGGGGGAAAAUCAUUAAAAUUUCACUGCCCAAAUGUGUACAAAAAGGAGCCGAGCUGCUGCUAUGAUAUCAAAAUACUAUGGCAGAAGAAUUGAAACUUUUCAGAACAUGGUCAAGUGUUUUUGCUCUGAGGAUUGUUUGGGCUCUCAAAAUCAAAGGCGUAGAGUAUGAAACCAUAUUUGAAGAUCUCUCCAACAAGAGCCCUUCACUUCUCCAGUAUAAUCCUGUCCACAAAAAGGUUCCAGUUCUUGUACACAAUGGCAAACCCAUCGCUGAAUCGCUUGUCAUUCUUGAAUACAUCGAUGAGACAUGGAGGGAAACUCCCUUGUUGCCUGAAGACCCUUACGAGAGAGCCAUGGCUCGCUUCUGGGCCAAAUUUGGUGACGAUAAGGUUUUGACAUCAAUAGUUUGGGGUGUCUUCUUCAAGGAAGGGAAAGAGCAGGAGGAAGCUAUGCUUGAAGCCAUGGAGCAUCUCCAGUUCUUGGAAGACGAGCUGAAGGGGAAGAGGUUCUUUGGGGGAGAGAGGAUCGGGUUUGUUGAUCUUGCCUUGGGAUGGCUUGCUAACAUGAUCAGCAUAUUUGAAGAGGUAGCUGGCCUGAAAAUGGUGGAUGAGGAUAAGUUUCCAUUGCUGGCGGCGUGGAUGCAAGAGUUUGCAGAUUCUCCCAUAAUCAAAGACAACUGGCCACCUCGAGACAAGAUGAUUGCCAAGUUCCAGGCCCUUCGUGAUGCCAAACUUGCAGCAGCAGCAUCUAAAUGAACCGCCUUCCUGAAAUAGCAUAAAUAAGAAUCAAUUAAUUUCUGAUGUGUCAUGAUUCACAUCAAUAUGUGUCUGUCUGCAACUGAAAUUAAAUUUCUGAUACAAAAUACUCUCAGUAUUGUGUUGAA